GAUGGGAUGUCAAACCUCCAAGAUAAGAAAACUGAUUUUGUAAAUUUUAUAUCACCAAGACAUCUAACGUAUUUAUAAAAUAAAGGACUGAUCAGAGAGGUGACUUUUCACAGCAAACUCAGAAAUACUUGAAUUCAAAUCCCUCAUACACGAUGGUAUCAAGUGUCAGGUGAGGAUAUUAUAGCUGUAGCCUUGAGGAAAGCUUCAGGUUUAAACUUGUUGGCUUCAGAUGUGAUAAGAAGGCUUGAAAUCCAGGCUGAAAAAUCUUUUUAUGAGGGGUGCUGGGAUUGAACUUGAACUGAAAAACAUCAGUGUGGUCAUACGGGACAGACUAUUUGACAUGAGAUGGUAAAUUAUAACAAAUGUCAUUAACAUGGAAUGGACAAGCUAACCACAACCAAGAUUGUGAAAGCAGAAGGGGGAUCUGGAGGAUCAGGAAAAGAAACCCAAAAACACACAGAAACUGUAACAACUACAAGACUGACAUCUCUACCUCCAAAGGGACACAGCAGCUCCUCGAGCAGUCAGCAGGCACUGACCUCCACUGUGAACAGCUCAGGCUCUGGAGGAGCUUCAGGUGGAGCUGUUCUGGUGGAGAAGAAGAUCUUCACCCAGAGCAGCGCUGAAGGAGGCGCUUUCAGAAGUUAUGUCAUAUCCUCCUCCUCGUCUGGAAGUUCAGGCAGCAGCAGUUCAGGAGCAGGAUCUGUGAUUAGUGGAUUUGACGAAAUAUCUCGUGAAAUCAGUGUAACCGGACCCAUUAGUAGCUCUACAGUUAAAAGUUCUAGCUCUGCAGUUAAAAGCUCUAGCAGUGUCUCUACCUCCAUCACGAAAGUAGGUGGUUCUUCAGCAACAGGAGGAGAUCUUUCCUCUGGAUACGGGUCCGUCUCCUCCUCUGAGUUAGUGUCUGGAUCCUCAGGCGGUUCUGUUAGUGUUUCUGGAGGUGGUAUGAACAUAUCCAGAGGUGGAGGAGGUGGCACUGGCUCCUCUGCAGUCAUGUCUGCCGCAGGUACUUCCAGCUCCAUGACUGUGACCAAGUUCAGCUCCUCGUCGCCUGGUGGAACAAGGAAAGCUUUGAGUUACAGCAAAGUUCCUGCAGAGAGGAAGACCAGUCUGAACCUUCACACUGGAGGUUAUGAGGGGAGCUCCAGUGGCAAUUCAUCCCCUGAAUACGUAAAGAAAGAAUAUGUUUCGACAAGUGUUGCCACUAGAGGACGCACGCACACACGAGAGAGUGAGAUCAGGGCCAGAUUGCAGAGUGCCUCUCCUUCCACUAGAUGGACAGAGCUGGAUGAUGUGAAGAGAUUACUGAAGGGAAGUCGCUCCGGGAGCAUUAGUCCACCUCGCUCUCCCACCAACACUCUACCUAUCCCGAAAAAAGCCAGUGUGGACACCCGUCAUGAGAGCCAGUCAGGUUAUGACGGAACAGUCCUGGAUGCUGGAUUCAGCGGAUAUUACACCAACCCAAACAAUCUCAGUUACACCACUCUGCAACAACCAUCAUCUCCCACAGGUGGCAUGCAGAAUAAUCGGACCCUCAGCUCAUCUGCCUUCGGAUAUGGGAUGCAUAAUAACCUGUCAACAUCUGGUGGUGCUCUCAUGGUUAAUGGAAUCAGUACUGGCCAAGUGUAUGGGGCACAGAAGAAUGUUGGCAGCGCUGGAUUUGCCACCACUGUUACUACUGUUCCCAGCAGCCCUAUCACCGCUGAUGAUGUGUUUGUGAAAGAUGGCAAGUUUAUUGCGAUUGGAAAAGAAAAUGUAGCAGCUAAGAAAGAGAGUGAGAGACUGAUCAUGUCCAAAAACACUGGCAAACAGUUCGUCACUUCCACCACCAGUGCUGGAGCAGAUUCUGAAGAUUCGCUUAAGAGGGAGAAAAAGAUGAUCUCCAGCAUUACAGAAUCCACAAUGACUGCUUCCAGAGCCUCAACAAAAGACAAGGCAACCUAUGCAGAGAUCCGUAAGGAUGAGUCUGACGAGGCAGGACUAGGAUUCUGUUCCUGCUGCUCGUGGUGGAAGUGGCUUCUGGCGUUGAUCUUAGGUCUUCUCCUUCUGCUGGGACUUCUCUGUGGUCUCAUCGCACUGGGUGAGGAGGUCCGGAAGCUAAAGGCUCGUGUGGACGCUAUUGAUGGCGGAGAAAGAGCAGUCUCUGCUCGAACCAGUCGUUUGUCCGCCUCCUCGGCUGUGAACAUCAUUGAUCCACUGGAGUCUUCAUACGCUGAGCGCAUCUCUGGUGUCCGUGCCGAUAACACUAUAAACCUGGGUUCAGCAGCUGCUGCACAAGACCCUGUGGUUCUGGAGAGGACCAUCCAACAGAUCCUCAGAUCUGAACUUCAGUCAGACACCAUUAGAGCUUCACUGGCAACUUCACUUAAGGGCGAGAGAGGAGAACCUGGGCCUAAAGGAGACCAAGGACCUCCUGGAGUGAAAGGUGAUACAGGGUUUCCUGGGAUUUCAGGUCCUCCUGGAAUCAUUGGUCAUCCUGGACAGGAAGGUCCUCGAGGACCCAAAGGAAGUGCAGGUGAAUCGGGAAACGAUGGUUUACCUGGGCCGAGGGGUCGAGAGGGGCCAGCGGGCCACAGAGGAGAACCAGGACCCCCAGGAAUUGGAGAGAAAGGAGAGAAAGGUUCUUCUGGCGAUGUUGGUGCACCUGGGUUAGCAGGACCACCAGGCCCUGUGGGUCCCAAAGGGGAUGCAGGUGCACAAGGCGUACCAGGUCUUUCAGGAACUCCUGGACCCCAAGGCUUCCGUGGAGACUCUGGUGAACCUGGACCUAAGGGGGAUAAAGGACCUGCAGGGCCACCUGGGGUCAAAGGCGAUCAAGGAGAGAGAGGUCCACGUGGUUCCACUGGUGAGCCAGGUCAGGUCGGACCAGCCGGGCCUCCUGGUGAGAAAGGUCUUAAAGGAUCAGCAGGUGCUCCUGGGCCAGAUGGUGUUAAAGGAAUUCGAGGCGAUCAAGGUCCGAUUGGGUUGCCUGGAGCUCGGGGACCCUCAGGGCCUCCUGGAGACGCAGGAAUACCAGGUGCACCAGGACUCCAAGGACCACCAGGUCUGCCAGGUACUCCUGGCCAGCCAGGAGCUAAAGGUGAGCCCGGUGAGCCCGGAAGAGUCAUUUCUGCAGGCGCUAAUACUAACACUGUGGGUGUACCUGGACCACCUGGACCUCCUGGAGCUCCGGGUCCUGCUGGACCACCUGGACUAUCAGGUCCUAUCGGUCCUGCUGGUCUUCCUGGUCCACCUGGUUCAAAGGGAGAUAGAGGAGACAAAGGAGAAGAUGGGAAGCCUGGAGUCUCUGAGAGCACAGGGAAGAAAGCUACUUCUGAACCUGGUCCUCCUGGCCCACCUGGUCUGCCAGGACCACCUGGACCAUCGGGGAAGGAUGGAAAACCAGGUAUUGGUCAACCUGGUCCUCCUGGUGAAAAAGGUGAACCAGGAAGCUUUGUACCUACUUCAGAAACCUUCUUUGCUGGACCACCUGGGCCUCCUGGACCAAAGGGAUCACAAGGUGAUAUUGGUCCUCAAGGUUUCCCUGGCCAGCCUGGAUUACCUGGAGAACCUGGAAUCGGUAUUCCAGGACAGCCAGGGAUACCAGGACCACGUGGAGAACAAGGUCCUGAGGGUCCACCAGGACCACUGGGACCUCAAGGGCCAGUGGGUCCCAUGGGACCAGAAGGUCCAAAAGGUGAUGCUGGAGUCCCAGGGGCCCCUGGCAUUCCAGGAUACUCCUACGGUGGAGGAUCCAGAAGCGCUCCAGGACCACCAGGUCCACCUGGACCCCCAGGGCCUCCCGGAGCACCCGGUUCAUCGGGUGGCGGCUCACCAGAUGUUGUUCAACAGAUCUCAGACUACCUUAGAAGUGAGCCCAUCAGAGAAUACCUGACUGGACCUCCAGGCCCACCUGGACCACCAGGAUCUCCCGGAUCAGGCUCUGAAGAUUCGCUAGCUAACCGUGUCAUUGAAUACCUUCAAAGAGAUGAGGUGAGGCAGUACCUGAUUGGUCCUCCAGGGCCCCCAGGACCCCCAGGUGGGCCAGGUGGAUAUGGCUUUAACACUCAGGAAGUUGCUGGACGAGUGCUGGGUCUGUUGAAUGAUGCUGGUUUCACAGGUCUGCCAGGACCUCCCGGUCCCCCAGGACCUCAAGGACCACCAGGAGGCUCUGGAGGAAUAGUGUCUUACGCUGUUAAUGAAAACCAACCACAAAUCCGUGCAGAGCCUCAGGAGUAUAUCAAAAGCCACCCAAGCUCUGAUGAGAAUUUGGAUUAUGCAGUCAUCGCUAAAAAGGUUUCAGAUUACAUAAUGUACCAUGGACCCCCUGGACGCACCGGAGCCCCUGGACGCCCUGGAGACCAUGGACCCCCUGGACCCCCUGGACCCACCGGACCCCCUGGACGCACCGGAGCCCCUGGACGCCCUGGAGACCAUGGACCCCCUGAACCCACCGGACCCCCUGGACCUCCAGGAAUCAGUCCAGAACUUCCUUACUCUAACAUGACUGCAAUCAUAGACUACAUCAGAGACCACCGUAUGAUUGGACCACAAGGUAUACCAGGGCAGAAAGGGGAUGAAGGAGCUCCUGGAUUUCCAGGACCAAUAGGCCCCCGAGGCGCCCCAGGCCCCCCAGGAAUGAAAGGAGAGAAGGGUAUUUGAUCAGUUUACUAAACGCAUGAAUA